UGAUAAUUGAAAAUCAUCAUGACGAACAUGAACAUGAAGAUGAAGCCAAAAGUGAAAAUGUCAUGGAUUCUUCAACCUCUUGCUGCAGUAGUUGCUUCUUGGUUAAUACUAGCAUCGAGUUUAUCUGCUAUAGAAGGUGCAGAUGCGGUCGUUCUGCGAGCAGCUGCAGAUAGACCGUUCGCACCACAACCACAACUAGCACGAGCAGAAGUAGGCUGUACUAGUGGAAGUUGGUCGUCGUGGUUUAACUUGUCAGGAGACGCAAGUACGCGAUUCGGAAGUUCAUCUCUUAGUACUCCUUCGUUCUCGGAUAAUAUGACGACGUGGAAUUCUACAGGCACAAGGGAACCAAGUGUUCUCAGCGCUACUAGUUUGAGCAGUGCUGGUGCUGGUUCGAGUUCGUCGGAACCAGGAGAGAUUCCGAACAACCCUCUACUCAAAACUGAAGUUGUUGUACUAGCACAAAGAGUAGCAGGACAAGAAGGAACACGAAGAGCAAUAGGGGAAGAAGGGGCUGGAAGGGAAAAAAAAACGUAUGCUAUUGAGACAUCUCGUCCUAGUCCUCCUUUUAUAUCUCCUAUCAGAGAAGAACGUGAGCGAUCAUAUCAGAUUGAGUCACUGGGAGGUGCAGAGCAGGUGAGAUCUCGAGGUCUGCUCGAAUGGCCUACAGAGGCCGCUUCUUGGAGCGCACAUGCCGGUAGCAGUCCUCUGCGGCAGUUUCGAGAACAAAAAGAGAGACAAUGUUUUUUAGCGCAGGCCUCGCAACAACAUGAUGGAGAUAGCAC